AUGAGCUCGGCCGCCGGCCCCGCCGCCUUACCCCCGGGCUCCGCCACCCGGGCCUUGCAUGUGGAGCUGCCCUCGCAGCAGCGCCGGCUUCGUCAUCUUCGUAACAUCGCUGCACGUAACAUUAUCAAUAAGAAUGGUUAUCGCCUCUUGGACACGUACUUCACUCUUCACUUGUGUGAUAACACGAAGAUAUACAAAGAAUUUUAUAAGAGUGAGGUGAUCAAGAAUUCUCUGGUAAAACCGACAUGGCGGAGUCUGGACUUUGGAAUAAUGCCUGAUCGUCUUGAUACCUCUGUCUCUUGUUUUGUGGUGAGGAUCUGGGGUGGCAAGAAGGAGCACUUUCAGCUUUUGAUUGAAUGGAAGGUCAAUCUAGAUGGGUUAAAGUACUUGGGCCAGCAGAUACACGCAAGAAACCCCAAUGAGAUUAUUUUUGGUCUCAAUGAUGGUUAUUACGGAGCUUCAUUUGAACAGAAGGAUCACUCAGGUACCCUGAAGAAUAGUCUUCUCCAGGUGGAUCAGAACUGUGUUCGUAACUCUUACGAUGUCUUCUCUUUGCUUAGGCUUCACAGAGCCCAGUGUGCAAUUAAACAGACUCAGGUAACCGUUCAGAAAAUAGGAAGGGAGAUUGAAGAAAAGCUGAGAUGUACAUCUACAAGCAACGAACUGAAAAAGGAGAGUGAAUGUUUACAGUUGAAGAUCCUGGUGCUACGUAAUGAACUGGAGAGGCAGAAGAAGGCCCUUGGUCAAGAAGUAGCCUUGUUGCAUAAGGAGAAGAAUACUUUGCAUGACAGAGAAAAUGCAUUUGAGACUGAAUACCAGAAACUUCAAGAGCAUAACGAAUCCCUGCAUGAAUUAAGAAAGGAAUGCACUGCGAAGAGAGAACUGUUUUUGAAGACAAAUGCCCAGCAGACUAUUCGAUGCAAGCAAUUGCUGUCGGAGCUAUCCUAUAUCUACCCUAUUGAUCUGAAUGAUCAAAAGGAUUACUUUGUUUGUGGAGUCAAGCUUCCUAAUUCUGAAGACUUUCAAGCAAAAGAUGACGGAAGCAUUGCUGUUGCCCUGGGCUACACCGCUCACUUGGUUUCAAUGAUAUCCUACUUCUUACAAGUGCCACUCAGGUAUCCUAUAAUUCACAAGGGCUCCCGGUCUACAAUCAAAGAUAAUAUCAAUGACAAACUGACGGAGAAAGAACGAGAAUUUCCUUUAUAUCCAAAAGGAGGGGAGAAGCUUCAGUUUGAAUAUGGAGUAUAUCUUCUCAACAAAAAUAUAGCACAGCUUAGAUAUCAACAUGGGCUGAGUACUCCAGAUCUAAGGCAAACUCUUCCUAACCUGAAAAACUUCAUGGAGCUUGGGCUAAUGGUUAGAUGUGAUCGACACCAUACAUCCAGUGCAAUUCCCGUUCCAAAGAGACAGAGCUCAAGCUUCGGCAGAUUGGAUAUUGGCUUUUCCAGUGGGCUUCCUUCUCCAGAUAAAGGACUCCGAAAACGAGCCAGCACGGGAAACGAAAGACUACAGUACAAAACUCCUCCUCCUAGUUACAACUCUGCUUUAACACAGCCUGUUGCCAUCACAGCCCCCGUAGGAGAGUUAGAUAAAAAACCCGGAUCGAUAUCUUCCUCCUUGGAUACCUCUAUGGACUCCUCGAAAGGAAAUACCAAGAAAGGCGAGGACUUGUGCGGCAGUUUAAAUGGAGAAAACGGGAGCCUAAACAAUCCCCAAGACCAGCAGGAGUCUUUCCUAGGACAUACUAGUGCAAUAAAUGGGGCGUUUCUGCCUGGUGAGUGCUCUGGCACUGCAAGCAACGAGCAGCCCUGUGAGUUUCGUCCCUCCCUCGGCCCUGUCCUUUGCUGCACCGUAGAGCAAGCGGAGGAGAUCAUGGGGAUGGAAGCAACGGGGUUCGGCGCGGGAGAUCAGCUAGAAGACUUUAACUCCAUCCCGGUGGAGCACGCCGUGGCGGUGGAGUGUGAUGAACAAGUCCUAGGGGAGUUUGAGGAGUUCUCUCGAAGGAUCUAUGCACUGAAUGAAAACAUGUCCAGCUUCCGCAGACCGCGUAAAAGCUCGGACAAGUGAGCUUGGACAGGGAUUUGAUAGCAGACAUUGAGGUGAAAUCAGUGAUCUGGAAUAGAGAUAAAAUUACACUUAUUCUUUAUAUUAAUUAUAAAAAAAAAAUAAAAAAGCUAAAGCUAUUCCAAUGGUGUUAGACAAACGGACUUAAGCACGAUAACACAGGACCAUUGUAUAUUCACAGCCCAGGUAAAUUUUGAUUCUGCUUCCAGUCAUCUUAUGUCUGGUAUUUAUAAUCUGUUGGAAUGUUUUUUUUUUUUUAGGCAUUGGAAUCCAUUUAUAAAAGACUUUCCUGGAAACAACUUCUAGUGUUGAUCAGGCCCUUCUGUGACUAUUUGUUAAGUUCUUAAUUAAUACUUAGAGUUAAAUUUAUUUUAAUCUCUUCAGAAGAAAAAAAAAGUUAAUUUAAAAAUACAUUUAUGGUAAGACCUCUUUACCUUUUCCCAUGUACUCCUGUGUUUUCUUGAGCAAUGUAGUCAGUGUUACAGAAAUACCAUGAAUUUGUUAUAAUUGGACAGCUUUCUCUUGGCUGUGCUCUGUAGCCUUUGAAGUUCUGGUUUGCACUGAUGGGUCUUCAGUUGGUGGUGUAAACUUGCCAGAGAAUGAGCACCUGUGUGAUAUCUGCAGUUUCCUUGCACCUGAUUAAUCAGAAAUGACAUUCCCCCCCCCCCCCCCCUUUCCUCUGUAUUCACUGUUCCUACCAGUAGAAGCCUUGAGGACUAAAUCCCCUCUAAGGUUUCUUACAAAAACCUCAGCCUGACCAUUCCCCGCUUCAGCUGGGCACAGACCUCAUCAGUAGAGACCUAACGAGUGCACUACCUAAGUGGGGCUCAGCUGCCACCCUCCGAGGAGGUGUCUAACGGGGACAGCGUGCCGCGAGGCACUUCGCAGACGUCUUCAUAAAAACCCAGACUGAAAAAGCAGUCAGCACUUUGGAAUUAGGCGAAUUUGUGGAGUCGCUCCACCCUCUGUAGAAAGGAGGCACCUAACGCUGUUCAUCUAAAUUAAUAUCCUUUUAACCGUCUGUACUUCAAACGAAGAAACUUCAGCGGUUCGCUGGAGGUGUGGUUUGCUGUUAGGUAGGUCACCACUGGCACGUGUGUUCAGCUGCACUAACGGGAAAGCAAUUUGCAGCCUGCUUUGUGAUUCCUGGUAUUUGUUUCAGUUUGGGUUUCAUUGCUCUUGCUUUCUAUAUUGUAUACCCAAGAAUUUGGGCUCGGUUGUGAGCUCUCAAAUAUAAAAAUAUAUAGCAGAAUAAAAACACUUCAUCAUGCCUGGCUUUUUUUUCCUCCCUGGUCUAUGCUUUCUUUUGAACCAAUGACCUAGUCUUUUUCCUAACUUCACCAUAAGGCUAGCCUAAAUUAACUUUUUAAAAUGUGGAUAUGUAUAAUCUCAACUAUCUGUUGUCAAAACGAGACAUGUACGUGAGAACCAAUAUACAUAAUAGCACUGUUCUAGAAUAUGCAUUUUUCCAGGUAACACCUUAAUGAUUGUAUUAAAACUAUAUUCACAUUUCUUCUGUUAGCUUUUAACGGUUGUGUCUGCAAUUGAGUUGUUGGAUCGAGCCUUUCUACAGUGAUUUCAUUAUCUUUGGUCUGUCCCAGUACGAUGUGCUAGAUGGAAGCACUCGGAAGCAGAGACCUCGAUUCUGUAAGGCAUGGAACGUGGUUCCAGGUGCAAACUUGGGCUUGAAGUUGGACACAUUCAUGAGCAUCCUCCCCCCCGAAUAAGCUCCUCUGUUCCAACCUCAUGAAAAGCUUCCCUGAAGGAAACGCUGCAGCAGCUUAAAGCACUGCCAUCGUCUUUGAGAAGAGAUAGGUAGGAAAUUCUCACUGUGUUUUGGCAUCCUGAGAGUCAGAAACAAACACCUGAAAGCAUAGCACUUAUUAUUGAAGUGGGCAUAAGAUACUCUGUCCUGUGACUAUAUCUUCCCAUCUUCUGGUAGCAGUACAAUUUUAGGUGAAAUUCGGUAACGCUGGGUCAGUCGUGCACCCUGCGGGAUGGGACCUGGCACGCUCAAAGCAGCACGGACCUCCUGUUUGUAGGCACGCCCGUUUUCCUCUGUAACGGGAAGGCAUUAGCUCGUGCGUGGUGGUGACUUUUCAAAGCAACCCAAAGAGUAGUUGUGAAGUCGCUAUGUUUCCUAGGCAAACACGGAGCGUCUCAGUGCAAUUAAGCAACGUGAAAUUAGGUUUGUAGCGCAUCAGCGGGACUUUGGAUUUCUUUUUUUUUUCAUUAGUAGCGCAUUUUCUCAGGUUGCACCCGACCAAAUGAAGUCUAGUUUUCCUCCCUGAUGUUGUGUUGCUGUUCCUGUUUGAGCCCUGUAAUUAUUAAUGUGUCAAACACGAUGGUUGAUUUCUGCGUCUGUCGCCCAAAGCUUCUUUGACGGGUUUUCUAUGGAUGUAUCUGUAGUAGGCCUUAAAUUGUCCCCGCGUUUCUCUUCCACUUUCAUGGCUUUCUGUAUAGAAGGUGGUGUGAAGGGGGACAGCGUCGCAGGGCUAAUUAAAGCAUUGGCAAUCUUCUCGUGGCUGUGAGGAUGGGGGAUUGUACAGACUGCAGCCACCUCAUGGCUUUCUCUUUUGUGAUUAUUUUCCCCCCCCGUAAACUACUUUGAAAACAGCGUAGUGGGAGAGAAACAAAUAGUAGGUUUGAAGGUGAGAUGAUAUAUCACAGUGUGCUUUAAACUGUCAAGAGCCUUUCAGUUCCUGCACAGCUGUGACACUGUUAAAUGUCUGCAAAUGUCUUCAAGUGGAGAAAACAUUUCGUUGCGAUCUUUUCCCCUCACUAGGAAUUCCUUAGAUUUUUGAGAAUAUUAGUUUUGGAAGAUCAUAUCCCACUCUAUUUUUCUAGCAAGCACAACAGCAUUGGCUUAUCCUUGCUUGACCAGGUAUUUAAAAUAAGCAAAACCAGAAUAUCCCAUAGUAAAUGACACAUUAAAACUAUGUUGGUAAUUGCGGGAAAGCUCAUCUGUAUUUAUAAAAUAAAACUGAUCAGUAUCUC